AAUGGAUUAACAAUAAAGGAUUUUAUUAUAAGAAUUUAAAAUUUAAUUAAUGCAAUUAACUAAGUUCAAUUCAACAAAAGAGAAGUGUAAUAUAUGUAGUAGUGUAUUCAUUAAAUAAUACGUGUGCUUAAACAUGGAUAAUAAUGAUAGAUAUAAUUCUGAUGUAGCAAUUUCAACAAUUGAAUCCGAUGUGUCAAAAACGCCGUUAACAAAUCGUGAAUCAGAAAAAUGUUGCACAAUGGAUACUGUUCGAAAAAGAAUUCCCAUUCUUCAAUGGCUACCAAACUAUUCAUUAAGUUAUUUAGGUCAAGAUUUUUUAGCUGGUUUGACAGUAGGCUUAACUGCUAUACCACAAGGUAUUGCUUAUGCCACAGUUGCUGAUAUACCCGCAGAAUAUGGCUUAUAUUCAGGAGUUAUGGGAUGUUUUGUGUAUAUGAUUUUUGGUACAUCAAAAGAUAUUAAUAUAGGCCCAACAGCAAUUAUGUCGUUGAUGAUUCAAAGUUACACAGGCAAAUUUGGACCAGAUAUUGCAGUUUUAUUAUGCUUUUUAAGUGGAUGUGUUAUUUUUCUAUUUGGUCUUUUACACUUAGGGUUUCUAGUCCAGUUCAUCUCAUAUCCUGUGACUGCCGGUUUUACUUCAGCUGCAGCAAUAUCGAUUGGAUCUACUCAAAUAAAAAGUUUAUUGGGAAUAAAAGGACAAGCAAAUCAAUUUAUAGAAUCUUGGGAAACAGUAUUCAACAAUUUAGAUAAAAUAAAAACGGCGGAUGCAACUUUAGGUGGCUGUAGCAUUAUAGUUUUAUUAUUUUUAAGGUUUCUAAGGACAUUUGGCCAUCGACAAAGUAAUCCUUCAAAAACACAUUUCCAAAAUAUUAUAGCAAAAGUUUUAUGGUUAUUAGGUCUAGCUAGUAAUGCAUUAGUUGUUAGUAUUGGAGCAUUUAUAGCCUGGCAGUUUAGUUUGCAUGGCAAAGAGCCUUUUGAAUUAACUGCGGAGGUUGAAAAAGGUUUGCCUAGUUUUCAUUUACCACCUUUCACUGCACACCAUGAUAAUAACACAUAUACCUUCACAGAGAUGAUUGAAGAAGUUGAAAUCAGUUUGUUGACAAUACCCAUCAUUGCGAUUUUGGAAAGUGUGGCAAUCGCGAAAAAUUUUGCGAUUGGAAGUUUGGAUGCAACUCAAGAAAUGAUUGCAUUAGGUUUGAGUAAUAUAUGUGGUUCAUUUAUCGGUUCAAUGCCAACAACAGGAUCAUUUACGCGGACAGCAGUGAAUCAUGCAUCAGGUGUACAAACAACGUUAGGCGGUAUAUUUACUGCAAUUUUAGUAUUACUAUCAUUAGGAUUCUUAACAUCCACAUUCUCUUUUAUACCAAAAGCAACUUUAGCGGCAGUUAUUAUCACAGCUAUGAUUUUUAUGUUAGAAGCUCAUGCUGUGGUUUUGUUAUGGAAAACUAAAAAAAUGGAUUUGGCUAUCUAUAUUAUUACAGUUUUAUCAUGUCUAUUUACUAGUUUAGAAAUUGGAAUACUUAUUGGUAUUGGAAUAAAUACUGUAUGGAUUUUAUACGGAGCUGCUAGACCGAAUAUAUCUAUUGAAUAUGUUAUGGUGUCGAAUAAACGAGUAAUGUUGGUAACACCAUCUCAAAGUUUACUUUUCCCAUCGGCUGAAUAUUUACGAGAAAUUAUAGUUGCUGAAUUGGAUUACAUGAAAAAUUACAGUUCUAUUAGUAAUACACAAAAUAAUGGAGAAAAUAAUUUAGUUAUUGUCCUGGAUGGACGGAAUGUUCUGUACAUAGACACAACAGUGGCAAAGAAUUUGAAAACAUUAGUUGAACAUUUAGAAAAGCAAAAACAACGAAUAAUAUUUUGGCGAUGGUCUCGUGCAGCUGAAGAAGUAUGCCGUGGUUUAGAUUUCAAAUUAAGUGGAUUAUUUAUUAAUGUUGCUACAUUAGAAUUGGCAAUUGGUGAUUGGGAGAGUGAUUUUGGAAAUAAUACGAAUAAUAUACCAAAUAGUAUUUGUAGUAUGUGAAAAAUUAUUUUCUACUUAUGUACCUUAAAUGAAAUUGUGAUCAUAUUGCUUAAUAAUAUUUUUAUUCUUUUGUUAUUAA